UCGCCAUGAGCCGGAUUAAAGGGGUAUGUAUACAGCAUAUCAAGUAAAAACAUUUUCAUUUUACAAGCCUAUCAAUUCCUACUAAGGCGCAAUUUAUUAAUAUCCCUUCUCGGCCUAGUGAAUUACAAUUGUUAAAAUCAGCUUUAAAUGUCAUGUUGCAUCAACCAUUGUCGUUUGUUUACAUUAGACAGAAGGGUACAACAGAAUGUAUAUCGGACGCAUGUAUUUAAAUAUGCGUGUUCUUUCUAACGAAUAUAACCCAAUCACAAGUGGAGGUUUGAUUCCGAGAACUGAUCGUUAUAGAUCAACAGUUCUCCGAACCUACGUCAUCGCUAUCUUUAGAAUGAACACACAUGUAAUGCUGCAUUGUACAUGCCAAGUGGAGAUAUCUUUCCAGUUACAGAAGCAGACGACUGCAUUGUUUCGGUAGCUGGUUUGUUGAGCGGGAUUUCCCUUCUGGGUUUUCCUAAUUCCACUUUACGUGUUAACCGAGGAAAUCUACAUUCAAGGUUACUAAACAACUGAUAUGGCCCACUGUGAUGGGCGGAGUGAUCAAGAAGAAUACUCUAUGUUACAACAACAGAAUGGAAAUCGGACAGAGCAGGGUGAAAGAAGAGACAAUCCAUCAGAAACUCAUCAAAGCGAUAACAGCUGGACUGUGCUAAACUCGGAUGACACUUCCGCCGAAUAUCAACGGACUUGUUACAUAUGUAGUAAUGAGGACUAUCCGUCCGCAGGGUGUUCAUGUCUCCUAACCAAUAUAACACCCGGAUAUUCGUCGCAAGGACAUGAGGCGUUAUCACUUCCUGGAGUCAGUGGGUCCUCCGACACACACUUAAAGGAAUUAGCAGAAUGUUCUGUACAAGAAAAUGACAACUCGUUAGACCAAGGACGCGUUGUUCUAGCUCCUAGUAACCUUGCAUCGUCCUUUGGAUCAGCGUCUUUAUCAACAAAUCCUGAUUACGACUGUGAAAAUUGCUCAUUGAUAGAUUCAGCGCUGCCUUCCCAAGAUUCCAUCGAUUUCUGGAGAAGUGUACCGCGCAAGGGUUUGGAUGAAAACGGUUGCCAUAUUAAGUUCCUGGAGAAAUUCAUUAAAGCAUUAAAGGAUUUUUCGAACGCCCAUGAUUUACUUGCUGAUUCCAAAGUCCUAAAUCUCUUUAAAACUUUGCUGAAGGUUGAUAUGGCAGAUGAAACGGCUGUGGUUGAAUAUAAGAACUUCGCACGUCUAGUCAAAUACUUAGGACCAGUGAAACGAAAUGAGGGCGUCCUCCUUCAACAGAUUCACAGUAUCAAGGCCGCCAGUAUUGUGAGGGAUAAAAGUAGAAGAGAGAAAAUGAGUUGGUUCGCCGGUGAGAUGUCCAGAAAAGAUGCAGAGAGUAUUCUUAAGAAUGAGCGCUGCGGGACUUAUCUCGUCAGAAUGAGUCAGACGACAGUUGGUGCUUUCGUUGUGUCUGUUCAAUAUGAGGGCACUGUAGAACACGUGGAGAUAUCGGGAGAUUACAGAGAAGCUGUCGCCAAUCACCCAUAUGAUGCCCGCCUCAGUCUUAAUGGUAACAUGUAUACUAGUCUCGUGGAGGCGGUCACCUCUCUAAAGACCCAGCCUCUAACGAUUACUGAGGAGGCCGACGAGGGGGAGGAGGGAGAGGAAGCGGAGAAGAGUUUCGAAGUGUUCUGUAAAUUUUGUUGCCCAAGCUUGCCCCUAAAUGGCGUUAUAUCUGGAUAUAAGAAAGCGCGACGCUAGUUGUGAUAUUGACGAUCGAGGAGAUACGUUGUCUUCUAUUGAUUAAACCUGACUAAUCAUCACUCAAAUAAAGGCACUGUGACAUGGCUGUAAGUUACUUCAAACUAUCAUUUUGGCCACACACACAAAAAAAAUGUUGUUAUAAAACACUGACACUGCUCGCCGUCAUCACACAAAUCAUCAAACAUAUGAGAUUAUUUGAGUUACGGUUUCAGAGUGACUUAUGACAAGUUGUCUGGAUUGUUUUAGAGCGUGGUUGACUGGUAACAACACAGGUCUGACUUGUGACGAGUUGUCCUGGAUUGAUUUAGAGCGUGAUUGACUGGUAACAACACAGGUCUGACUUGUGACGAGUUGUCUGGAUUGAUUUAGAGCGUGAUUGACUGGUACCAACACAGGUCUGACUUGUGACGAGUUGUCCUGGAUUGAUUUAGAGCGUGAUUGACUGGUACAUUGUAACAACACAGGUCUGACUUGUGACGAGUUGUCCUGGAUUGAUUUAGAGCGUGGUUGACUGGUAACAACACUGGUCUGACUUGUGACGAGUUGUCCUGGAUUGAUUUAGAGCGUGAUUGACUGGUAACAACACAGGUCUGACUUGUGACGAGUUGUCCUGGAUUGAACUACAAAACAGUACUUCAUAACAGUACUACAGUUCUACAUAACAGUUCUACAGUACAGUACUACAAUACAGUACUACAGCAUAGCACUACAGUUCUACAUAACAUUACUUCAGAACAGUGCUACAAUACAGUACUACAGCAUAGCACUACAGUUCUACAUAACAGUACUACAGUACAGUACUACAAUACAGUACUACAGCAUAGCACUACAGUUCUACAUAACAGUACUUCAGAACAGUACUACAAUUCUACAUAACAGUUCUACAGUAGAGUACUACAGAACAGUACUACAGUAAAAUUCUACAGUUCUACACAACAGUUAUUCAGUUAUACAAAACAGUAUUACAGUACAGUAUUAGAGUACAGUACUACAACUUUUUUUUGUCUUCAUAUAUGUAAUCUUAUACAUUUUUGGUUAACUUAUUUAUGCUACCAUUUGUAUAUUUGGAGACGAAUCUCUAAGGAGGGUGGGCUAAUAUAUUGAUAUUUAUGUCCAAUUUCCAUAAAUAUGACUUGUAGUUUUAUAGUUGUGGUAGGUUUUAUUAUAUAGCUGGUUUUAUAAUAGAUUUCUUUGUGUCAAUGCUAUCCUAUGUCCAUACACAGGUAUAGAAUGAUUAUGCAGGCAUUUGUUUGGUUGAUGGGAUAAGCGUCCCAUGAACAGCCAAUGUCAUUUUGAGAUGGAAUGUCCUUGUAGUAGUAGUUGGUGACUACCUCACUGAACAACAUACGGGAGGUCCGACGUAUGCCAUCCAGAUCAAUGAGAGUAAAACGUUUUACCAAGGUCACAACCACACAACACAGACUGGCCUGUUUCUCAAUUUCAUGAGAAACACAAACCGACGCGGGUACGGAGCGUCGGAGCACGACCUCUGACCUUUCACCUGAGGUUUGCGUGGCCGACGCUCUAAGCGACUGAGCUAUUGUGGACAUAUGUACAGAUCAGAAGAACAGACUACCAUAUGACAAUCGUCUCUUAUUGUAAAAUGUCUAUCGUGUCUGAUCGUGUGACAGUUUACAGUUGUUUCAUGCCUCAUCAGUCAAAACAGUUUCCACGAGAUGUUGGUACUGACCAGGUAAACUGUUUCCCAGAGGCCGAAGGCCGAGGGAAACAGUUCACCUGGUCAGUACCAACACCGAGUGGAAACUGUUUUGACUGUUGACUGAUGAGGCAUGAAACAACUGUUUUGUUAUCUGACCAUUGAGGUGAAUACAUUACAACAACAAAAAAACAGUCUGAAAUUCAAAAUUUAAUAACUCACAGAACCCUUGAUGAUAUUCCUGAUAUUAGCUGGGUCUCUGUUCUCUAUGAGAUUUAAAAGCUCGUCAUCGUUUAUGUCUUCAAACCUAGAAGUCAUGUUUACAGUCGACCGAUGUUUACAAACCUGUCGACGACAAGUAGUGUAGUCACUGUCAUCUGUACGCUUGUAAUUAGGCACGUUCGAUUGGUCACCGCGUGAUCGGGCAACAGUUCAUGGGUAGCAUUCACGGUAAAUCAUGUGACCGGGCAACAGUUCAUGGGAAGCAUGUUUUAUAGGAAAACAGUCAAAUUUGGUUAAUGUCCAUUUAUAUAGUGAGUCAGAUAACAAAAUCAUAUAUACAUAAGGUACGGUGUGUAUACUACAUCAAAAUACAGGUGACAUGUCUUAGAUAUCGUAUAUAUAAUGACAUCCGUUCCAAUGUUCCAUUGAUUGGUUUGUUUUACUCCUUUAUCAAGUUUUGUAAUAUAACCAUUUAUUUACUGGUUUAGUGGCCCGCUACACAGUGUAUUGUAAGCAUUCAUGUUUCACACAUUUAUAAGAUGUUGAACUGUGCAGUUGUUUUCGAUGUCAAGCAUUAAAACAUCAUUCACUUCAAGUCCAACAAUGUCGUGUUCACAGUGAGACAGGGACACUAUUUCUUUUUUUUUUGUAUUUUGCUGUAAGGCAGCGUGAUAACCAGUAAUUUUUUUUAUUUUUUUUUUUUUUUUUUUUAGUAUUUAUAGUGCACAACACUGCAGCUUAUUCUUACAUAUUCAAUUAUUAAUUCCCUAUCAUGAGUUUGUACUUAAUUAUGUGUAAGUUUUACAAUGCUUACUUUUACCAUUUAACACUUUUGUGUGUUAAGUUUUGUGUAUUAUUACACAUAGCCAUCACUCUCCUUGAGUAUGUAGUUAUUUAUUUAUGUUGGUGUAUGUGAGAGUGUGUGAAUGAGUGUGAAAGUGUGCGAGUGUGUUUAUUAGACGUGAAUGAUUGUAUUCUUUGUACAUGUAUUGUUGAUGCGCCUAUGAGCCGUAAGGCUCCCGGCAAAAUAAAGAAUCUGAAUCUGAAUCUGACACUAUUUCUCGAUAUACCGGUGUUGUAUGUUGUAUAGUAAUAUCAAACUAGUGUAAUACUACAGGAACGUUAUAUAAUUUAGACAUGACGAGUGAGCUGGGCGUGUCAUGUUAUGUCCUUCUAGAUCAAAAGUGGCCGGGAAUGUGGAGUACAUAGAAUAAAGGGGUCUUUUUCUAUCCCGGGGUUUGGGGAAGAUACUGCGUGACAGAACUUGGUUUUCUACAGCUUGUAUCCCGGGUUAGCGGUUUACUCAGUCUGGUGUUGUGGUGAGAAUGUGUGAGUGGAUGUUUGAGAAAUUGAAAAGGGUUCAUUAUGAUUUACAAUUAUGUAUCUUAAUAGUGUUUCUAAUUGUAUAUUGCGCCAUUGUGAGUCAUUUGAAUAAACGUGUAUUGUAAGUGA